AUGCGAGUGUUUCUUUAUACGUUGACCACUUUGGGAUUCUUAACGACGAUCCAAGCCCAUGUGACGUUCACCAAUCUGAAGUGUGGCACGAAAGAUAGAAAGUUCGCCACCUUUGAAAAAUGCUACAUCAAGGCGGUGAAUCGUACUCACAAGUACAUCGAUAUUCAUGUAAAUCUGUUAAAAGUACCAGUGACUAAUAUUACAAUUAUCGCGAAAUUUAUGCGACACGAUCACGGUUAUAAACCAUUCUUCGUAGAUAUCACGUUUGAUGCAUGCAGGUUCCUUAAAUAUCAACAGCAACCUAUUGUCAAGUUGUUUUAUGACAUGUACAAGAAGAGUUCCAACAUUAACCAUACUUGUCCGUAUGAUCACGACCUAAUUGUGGACCAUUUUUGGACUGGAAAUAUUGAAACGGCUCUUAUGAAGUACAUUCCAGUAAUAAAUGGCGAUUAUGCCGUCUUUACUGAAUGGUCUGCUUAUAACAUUGUCCGUGGGUUUAUAAAUAUAUAUAUUAGAAUAUCAGAUAGAAAGAAAUAG